GGGAGCCGAUCGAUCGGAGGAAGAAAUGGAGGGAGCCGACGAUCACCGCCGCAAGCGACGGAGACGGCGGAGCGGAGAGGAAGGCGCGUUGGAGGUGGCGCUGGCUGCGGCGGCGACCGCGCUCUUCCUCUCAGGACUCGGAAAGCUUCUGCCUUUGGCCCUCUCGCUGCUCGCUCCGCCGCCGUUCCUCCUGCUGCUUCUCAACCUCGUCAUCGCCGCCGUAGUGGCGGCCUCCGUCUCCAUUCCUCCCGAUCGAAAGUGCAGGGGAAGCGAGAAGAGGAAGAAUGACAGGAAGAAGCGCUGGAGCUCCGCGGAGGAGGGGAGGUUGGGGGUUUCUGUUAAUGGCGAUGGGUUGACGCCGGAAGAGGAAGAGGGAGGGGGAGACGCGGCGGAGGUGAACGCUCGAGCGGAGGCGUUCAUAGCGGCGUUCCGGAGGCAGCUGAGGUUGGACUCAGCAAGGAGAAGGCGGGAGCGCCGUCGCCGCGAAUUGGCUCUACGAUGAAUCGAAGCUCUGUAACCAGAGAUUAAUCCGCUAAUUAAAUCUGAAAAUCCUUAUUUUUAAUCCAUCUUCUUUCAGUUUUAUAGGGA